GGCCUGUGCGCACAUUAUUUAUCCCUGCGUGGUCCUGGCUAUUUCUGUGGUUGUCAAUUGCUUCGUGGCCGAUUGUCUUUGCUUCUCUCUACUCUCAGCCGGACCUGUUACAUUGCAUUGCGUCUCCGUGAUUCAAGAUUGUGCGGUUAAUUCUACCAGACUCUGACAUAUCCUUUCAACCGUCGAGAUACAACUAGAAACAGAAUAUUGACCAUGGCGAAUGGCUCCUUGCGUUACAUUCCUCUCUCCUACAACCAUGCCGAUUCACAAGCCUCUGCCCUGAGGCUGGUUCUUUCCAUCAACCCUCACUGGGAAGGGCCUGAAAACCAGAUUGAAUUCGUGCGAUUUACAGACGGGAUAACAAAUACUUUGUUCAAAAUUAUCAACCGCAAGCCAGGCUUGACUGAGGAACAGCUUGACUCCGAGGCCGUGCUGAUGCGUGCGUAUGGUAACCACACCGAGAUUCUUAUAGACCGUGAAAGGGAGGCUAGAUCCCACACGUUACUCGCACAACAUGGUCUUGCCCCUCCAUUGUUAGCCCGCUUCCAGAACGGCUUGUUGUAUCGAUUCAUCCGUGGCAAGCCCACCGUGCCUAGUGAUCUAGUGCAACCACCUGUUUGGAGAGCCGUGGCCCGUCGUUUGGGCCAGUGGCAUGCGACAAUCCCUGUCACUAAUAAUACUCCUGCUCCGGAUACAUUUUCAUUGGAAGCCCAAGAUGGUUUGAUUGACUCAGACCGACGACCGCCAACCAAGAAGGAAGAUGACAUUGUACCUAUCCAACCCCGGCAAAAAGGGCCUAAUACGUGGACUGUUUUGCAAAAAUGGAUUCUUGCGUUGCCGAUAAAUACGGAAGAGCAGCAGACGCGUCGUAAGAUUCUCCAGAAAGAGCUUGAACGUAUCAUUGCUGAACUUGACGACGGUACGGGCAUUGGCGAGGACGGGCUCGUGUUUGCUCACUGCGACUUGCUAAGCGCUAAUGUCAUAAUAAUGCCUCCGACGCCGGCGAAUGGCUGUUCAAAUGGCCACCACGAUACCGAGGAGGUCAGCUUUAUCGACUACGAAUAUGCUACUCCGUCUCCGGCUGCUUUUGAUAUUGCCAACCACUUUGCUGAAUGGGGUGGAUAUGACUGUGAUUAUAAUAUGAUGCCUACACGCUCUGUACGGCGAGAAUUUUUGACUGAAUAUGUCAAGAGUUUUGUCCGACACGGUGGCAAGGGAAUGGACUCUGAUGAGCAAAAAGUUAUUGAUAAACUAUUCCAAGAUGUGGAUCGAUUCAGAGGUAUCCCCGGUUUCUAUUGGGGAGUAUGGGCGCUUAUCCAAGCAACAAUCUCUCAGAUCGACUUCGACUAUGCCUCUUAUGCUGAAGUACGUUUAGGCGAGUACUGGGCCUGGCGACACGAACAUGACGGAACCCGUGCUGAGAGUUCUGGAAAAGAAGUGCCUCUACGAGAGCGGAGAUGGGCGCAGGAAGCCUGAGAUCUUUCUUACUGAAACUGCAUAGAUUAGUUGUCUGCUUUGCGACCAAAAAAACUUUUCCUUUUUUUAAUAUGAGCUUUCUUCUUGUCAUCUAACUUUGUGGCGUUUGAUUUUUCGUUGAUGCAGCCAUUUUCGACAUACAUACAUCUUUUCUGUCUACAAUCAUUCUAGAUUGGUGACAGUGGCGGCAUUUGAAAUAAAACGGUUCUGAUAGAGAAAUAAUACAAGCGGUUGUCUCUUAUAGUUUGAUACUGGUUUAAGGAUAUAGGUAUUCGGAUAGGCAUCGAUUCAGGCGUUACAACCGUAUAUUCAAUCGUCAAUAUCGUAGCAGCCGUUGAUUCAAUGCUGGUACCUCGAAAUCAAUACAAGUCGCUAAUUCAAG